UUUAUUUUUCCGCUGCUUACUCUAAUUCGAUUACAAAUUUCGAUCGCUAUUCACCCAUCCUCUAGUGACUUCCAUGAUCCAACAAAGACUUGAUCCUUAUAUGUCUAGGAAAUAUAAAUUGAUCAUUUUAUUUUAUUUUUAAUUGGCAUUAGGUAUCUAGCUUACGCCGAUUAAUCUUGGGAUGAUCAACCCAACCCCACCCUACGAAAGUUUUCCACCUGCUAGUAGUGCAAAUCGGGAAGUGCUUGCAAUGGCCAGCCUAUCAACCCAAUGUUUUAGGUCAAACACCCAUUAAGGGAAAUUCCUCUAGAGCUGUUAAUUUGCCGAGACUAUGACUUAAUCCUUUGAUGUCUAGAAAAUUGAGAAAGCACCCUGCUAUUGCACCAUUACCCUGGGGGCAUAUAAAUUGAUCCUUUUGUUUGAUACAAAACAUGAUAACGCUCACGCCAAGUACCCCCUCAUCGUUGGCUCCAUGGUGAGAUGAAGGGAGGUAAAUCAAGUAUUAAGUAACUCCCUAAAUGAGAGGUUAUUUGUCACAGUCAUGACUCGAACCCUUACCUAUUGAUACAAGUCGACCACUUGGGUACCAACUUAAAUAGGCUCGCGGUGGGGGGGCUGGGGGGCUAUAAAUUCACCUUUGUCUUGGAGUAAAAUGUGAUAUCGUUUAUCCUAAACGACCCAGUAUCACCCGCCACACGGUAAGAUUUAGAUAGGUAAAUCACGAAGGACAUUUUGCCCUAGUAUAGCAUCCCUUUGCAUAGGGAAGAUCAGACACCCAACGAGAUAUUUUUGCAUCCGUUGGAAAUUAACCUCAAGAUGUAUUAAAGCAAACAUCCAUGUAGAUACCAACCGCCACAAGGUGGGGACAAUAAAUUGAUCCUUCUCUUGGAGCAAAAAGGUGAUAAUGCUCACCCUAAGAGACCCAGUAUCAUUGACCCCCUGGCUAGAUACAGACAAGUAAAUCACAGAAGCAUUUUGCCCUAGCACAGUAGCCCUUUGCAUAGGAGAGGUCCGACAUCGAACGAGACAUUUUUGACCUGCUGAAAAUUGAUCCCAAGACUUAUUGGAGCAACCACACAUGUAAGUAACAACUAUGCCAACCCGUGGGGGCUAUAAAUUGAUCUUUCUCAUUGUAAUUGCAACAAAAAGUGAUUACUCUCACCCGAGACACUCCUCACAUCCCUUCCCUAGAUUAUAUGAAGGGAGGUAAAUGACCAUAAAUUGAUCUUUCUCAAAAAAAAAAAAUGAUAAACCAGGUAACACUGAACGUGGGGUGACCGGUUUGGUCCCAUGGAAGUUUCCCAUCGUCCGCUAGGAUAAAUCGGGAAGCACUCACAGUGAGCCGCCAACAUCCCGUGGUCGCGUGCUCCAUUUGAAGGAAAAAUUCUUGCAAAUGCACCGUAGGCGGGGAUCAAACUAACUUGGGUGAUAACCUGACGCCCUUCCGCUGCACCGUAGUUCGGGAGAUAAAAUUGAUCUUUCUCUAACAUUGUAUAUGUUUCCAUGAUUUAAAUUGAUCAAUCUUUGUCCUCCUCAUAAUUUCAGCAUAUGAAUCCUCUUUUUUGUUUUCAAUUCUCCCGCUGAAAAUGAACUAAGUCGACAAUCUAUUUAGCUAGUUUCAUCCUUAGUGUAGUAUUUCAAAGUAAUAGCUUUUUCAGGUUAACACUCAUUUCACUUGUCAACUAAUGAAAUUCUAUGUCAGACUCUCAAAGAAAUGCACAAGUUAGAUUAAUUAAUUACUAUAUAAUUAUGACAAAUAAAUUAAGAUUAAAUUAAAUUUUGUUAUAAAUUAAAGAACUGUUUGAUGGUAAAUAUGUAGGUAUGAUAUGAUAAAUAAUACUUAGAGUUAGGUUAAUUUAUUAUUAAAUAGUAAUUAAAAGUGUAAUAAUUUACAUAUAUCUUAAUGGUUUCUGUGCGGAUCUAACUGGAUACCAUUGAGCUCGGUUCAACUUCGAUCAUAUGAAAACUCCAAGGGCGAAAAGCAUAAAGCAGAAAAUAUUGCAAUGCAGAUCCAAUUAAUUAACGGGAAAGUUCACAGAAAGUCAAGUCGUCUUCUUGGUUCUUUGCAUAUCUAACAAGAUAGCAAUCGAGCUCUGUACAAGUUCAACCUGCAGCAGCUAUGGACGUAGUCUCGCCAAUCCUGGAGAAGGCAAGUGCAAGUUAUGCCAUCAAUAAACUAAUUGAUGCAGCCACUACUUAUGUGCGAGAUCAGUACUACUGGAAAACCGACUUGCAAGAAGAAUUGCAAAACCUCAAACGCUCACUUCCUCAUAUCCAAGCAGUUGUUGGUUUUGCCGAAGGUAGAUUAACUAUGUAUGAAUUUCUAAUCCAGCAUUAAUGGAGUGGCUUUGGCAGUUCAGGGAUGGGAUCGAUGAGGCCGAGGAAGUACUGGAUGAGCUGGAAUAUCUUGAACGGAAGAAGAAAGCUAACAGUGACAAAAAUAGGCUUUCUAGAAUGGUUGAUGCUACUGUUAAAGCUGCAAAAAGAUUAUUGAAAUUUGAUGAUGUUCUUGGGAGAUUAAGGACAUGCGUGAAGAACUUGAACACCUCUGCUUCAGAUGUCCAGAAUUUUCUGACACUGGUGAUGCAAAAGGAUGGCAACAGCACUGGACAAAUGCAGCAGGAGAUUCUACCGUUGUCUUCUAUCCAAAGUAGGAUCACCUCUUCUUUACCUGUAUUAUCAUUUAAAGGACGUGAGGAAGAAAAAGGGACAAUCAUCCAGUAUUUGUUGGGGGAAUCCGUGGAAGAAUCUGAAAUUCAAAUCAGUGAGAAUGUGCAUUUCCUUCCUUUGGUAGCCAUGGGUGGUAUGGGGAAGACUGCACUCGCUCAACAAGUCUUUGAUCAUUUUGAAAACGUGAAGAAGGAACACUUCGACAUCAAAAUCUGGGUAUGCAUCUCAACUGAUUUUGAUGCAUCAAGUCUUAUGAAGAAAAUUCUAGAGUAUUCAACUAGCCGAUCUGAAUUUGGACCAAUGGAACAACUACCAGUGAAGCUCAAGGAGAAGUUACAUUCCAAAAGAUUUUUACUUGUCUUAGAUGAUGCUUGGGAUGACAAUAACCAGAUAGAGUGGGAGAAACUAUGUGCUCCAUUGCUAUAUGGCCAAAAGGGUAGUUGGAUAAUAUUAACAACUAGAUUGACAUCAGUUGCGAAGAUGGUCUCAAAAGUAAUGAGAGGAGUCACAAUGGAGCCAAUGAUGUUGCAGGGCUUAUCAAAUGAUGAAUGUCGUUCACUCCUCUAUGAGCAUGCAUUUGUUGGUCAAGACCCAAAUAGAUUCCCACUCCUUAAAGAAAUUGGCGAAGAAAUAGUAGAGAAAUUGAAAGGUGUACCACUUCUAGCAAAGUCAAUUGGAGGAGCGUUGAACAGUAGACUAGAAGUAGAUCACUGGACGAGCAUUUCAAGAAGUGAAUUAUGGAAAAUGCCACAAGAUUCAAAGUACGAUUUCAUUCCAUCUCUAACACUCAGUUACAUGAUGCUUCCACCACGUUUGAAGCGGUGCUUUUCCUACUGCGGCAUAUUUCCUCAAGAUUACAAAUUCAAUAAACAAAAGCUAGUGUGCAUGUGGGUGGCAGCAGGCCUAAUUUACUUGGAUGGAUUAGAGGAGGGCUCAGAUGAGGACAUAGCUAACUGCUGCUUUGAUAUGUUGUGCAAUAAAUCUUUCUUUGAUAUUCAUACCUACAUUUGGAGAUCAAUUUGGAUUGGUCAAACUUGCAAUGCACCUUAUGGUUUAGGACAAGACUAUUACACCAUGCAUGAUAUGCUGAACGGUCUUGCUUGUUAUGUCUCACGCUAUGAAUGUUGUAGAAUUAUACAUGGCGCUCCAACUUGCAUUUUGGAUUACAAUGCCAUCUGCCAUAUAUCUUUUACCAGUAACCACCCCGCUCAACUCCAUGAAUUAGGUAAAAUGUUGUGCAAAUUCCAGCACUUGCGAACCCUUUGGAUAGAGUAUGAUGGCGAUCAUCAACAAUUUGAUAAUUUUAUUCGAGAUGCGUGUAAAUCAUCAAGAAGAAUUUGAGUAUUGAUUAUGCAUUCUAAUUAUUCCAAAGUAGGUUCUGAUCAGUGUUUGGAAAGCAAAAGCAUCAGUGACUUCGUAAAACUAAGAUUUCUACAAAUAUCAGGCUUUUUGCUACUACCAUCACUAUCAAAAUGUAAGUUCUACUUCUUACAAACACUAAUUGGUGAUGGAUACCAUCCCAGUCUCGCAAAAGAUGCAUACAAGUUGAUCAACUUAAGACAUGUAUACAAAGUGGAUAUUGAUGCAUUUCUCUCAGUGGCUAAAAUAAGAAAGUUAACAUCCCUCCAGGAAUUAUGCUUCACUGUGGGCACAAAACCCGGAUAUAGAAUUGAUGAGUUGAUGAAUAUGGAUAAUCUUCGUCAAUUAUCUAUUAAACAACUUUCCAAUGUGCGGAGUCUUGAAGAGGCCAAUAUGGUCAACUCGGUCAAGAAACGUCAUCUCACAAGAUUGAAACUCUUCUCACAAGAUUGAAACUCUUCUGGAAUGGAGUAAGUAAUCCUGACAUUGAUCAUCAGGAGGUUUUGACAACUCUACAACCCCCUCCCACAAUUAGAGAACUCAUCAUUACAUGGUAUGAAGGUGCUAUGCCUGCACCAUGGAUGGAUACUCCAUCUCUUUCUCGGCUUGAGCUUCUUCAACUAGAUUCUUGUACAAGUUGUGAAGAACUGCCCCCUCUAUGGAAGUUGCCCUGCCUUAAGUUUCUAAAGUUGAGUCACAUGAAAGCUAUAAGAAGUUUGGGUUGUCACUUCUCCGAUCGUAUUGACAUACAAUUUCCAGUUUGAGAGAAUCUUGAUUUUCGUGACCUUCCCCUUUGGGAGGAAUGGAAUGGUGCGGAUGACUAUAUAUGGUUCCCUCAUCUCAAAUGUCUUCAAAUUCAAAACUGUCCGAAACUACAGAAAAUUCCUGGCCUUCCGUUGUCUAUAGAGAAUCUUUGGAUGGGAGAUUUGGGGUUAGAAGCUCUUCCACUGUCCUACAAGUGUUCUAAUGGUUCUAGGACAUUUGGAGGAUUUCAGCAGCUAAUGUCCCUCGAGUGCCUUCGAAUUGAUGGCUGCCCAGGGAUUGCACAGAUUGGAUCAAUUGGUGAAGGGGAUGAUAAUAUCCUUCCGUCAUCACUGAAAGAACUUGGAAUUCUUGAAGAACACAAAUAUUUGGCAAGUUGUCUACGAGGUCUCAUUUUGCUCACUGAAUUGUAUUUAUAUUGUUCACCGAACAUGGAAUCACUUCCUUUAGCAAAUGAGCUAGAACAUCUGACUGCACUUCAAAGCUUGCGUAUUUUCAAUGGUGAAGCCUUGACUUCACCUGGAGGCUUAUAUAUUAUAAAGUCUCUUACAUCUCUGUACAUUUAUGAUUGCCCAAAAUUCCUCUCUACUGAGGUUGAGUCACAGGAAUUUUUAGAAGACAAGAUAAGGAAGCAUGCGGUAUUAUCUUCCUCAGUUAUUGAUCACUCUGCAAGUAAUAAAGCUGCUACCAUCCUUCCCUCCUCCCUUGAAGACCUAAAAUUUAUAAACUCUGACAUUUUGCAAGAGUCAUUGGGUCUAUGCCUUGAAGGCCUUACCUCCCUCGAAGAGUUGAUAGUAUCAGAUUGCCAUCAUUUGGUGUCUCUUCCGAACAUAGAGUAUUUGCAUAAUCUGACAGCGUUGCAUACAUUGUGGAUUUCUGAUUGUGACAAAUUAUGUGAAUUGGAGUCCUUGAUGGCACUUGUCUCCCUCAGAAAAUUGAUUAUUAAUUGCUGCCCCAAAUUACUCGCUACAACAUUUUCUAUUCUUCAACAUCCUGCAACAACAACAGAACAAAGUGCCACAAAGAAAAAGAAGGGAACAUUACCUUCACUUGAAAAGAUUGAUAUGGACGACAUCUUCUAUCUACCCAUUUUGCCUAUUCUAGAAAGGCUAAACACCCUUUCUAUCAAAACUAACAUAGAAAAUCCCUUAGUGCUUCUCGAGUUCACUUGUUUCCCUUCUGAGAUAGAGGAGUGGUUGUUGCAAUGUCGGGAGUCUUUGGAAUAUUUACAAUUGGGACAGAUGCCUCAUCUGCAAUCUUUACCAACAAGUUUGAAGAGCUUUUCAUCACUCAGGUCUCUUGGAAUAGAUUUUGCUCUAGAACUUAAGUCACUACCCAGGAUGCCUGCCUCACUGGAGGAAUUGAUGAUUUCUGGAUGCAGUGCAAAGCUUAUGCAACAUUGCCAAAAGAACAUCGGUUCUUAUUGGCCUAACAUCAAGCACAUCCCUUAUAAUGAUAUUACAACAGAUGAAGAGGACAAGGCCGAGGUGUGUUAAUGCUAAUAAGGAAUCAUCACUUUUUUUUUAUAGUUAGCACUAGAUAUCUAGCUCCUAGAACCAAUUAAUCCUGGGGUAAUUGGCCUGACCCUAUGAAAGUGUCUCACCAGCUACCAAGUUAAAUCAAGAAGAGCUCACAGAGGCUCAUCCAGACAACCAACGUUCUUAGGUCCGCUUCUCACUUGAGGAAAAAUUCCUUACAUACGUCGCAGCUGAGACUCAAACCUGAGCAUCUGGUUAUUCGUUGGGAGGCCUAAUCGCUGAAGCGCCUAACCGCUGCACCCUAAUCAUCACUUUGUUCAUACUGCAUCUUGUGUUUUCUUAUUGAAUUACCUCAUUGUCACUUAACAUGCCAUCGACUAAGUUUUCUCAAAUUGCUUGUGUCCAUUUUAUUCUAUGAGCUAUUUAAUAAUCUUCAUGUUUCUUAUUCUGUGUUCUAUACGUAUCACCUCAGGCUAAGUCAAUUGCAAAUGUGUCAGCAACAAGCUUUAGAGUUCCACAUGAUCACAUAUAUAUAAUUCCAAGCACAGGACCUGGUCAUUCAUCAAAAGGUCAAGUUACCAAUCACAUGACCUGGCCAGUGCUUUAAGUUUACAUUUCCAUACAUUUUAAAAAGAACACAUGCACUAUCAAUUCCAGUGGUAAUAUACAUCUUUUUAUGUUGAUUAAGCGAAAACAUUCAAUUUGUUGAUCUUCUUGAGUGUCUUUCAGAUCCACAUUCAGCACUGAGCAGAUAUUAAAAUUAGGUGACGAUUAAACUUUUCUUUCACUCUUGUCGCUGAACCUACAAGCAUUGCAGCUUCCGGUGAAGUUUAUAUAUCUAAAGUGCAUCUACAGCUUUCUCAAGCUCUCCCCCCUCCUUUUGUUGAUAAUUGGUUUGUCUCAGUAAUAAUUCGAGCAAAUCUAUAAGAAUUUCCAAAAUGUAUUUGAUCUCACAAGUUUGUAUAUUUUGUUCAA